UGGGCUUGAGAUGCAGCGAGAUGCCAGUAGCUUUGCUGCCGGUUUGGGCCGAGACAUUCGCGAGGCCACGCCAAGUUUGGAGGGUGCAAAGGCACCUGGCGUGAAUAUCUUUAUGGGUGACGACUUUGGUGGUAUGGAUGAGGGUGGAGGCGAUGAUGAUAUGGACGCUUUUCAUGAUGCUGGGCAUGGCGAAGGGGUCAGCAUGGACGUUCAGGACGAGCUGCAGCUAGGCGCAGCAGCCAACAAUCUUGAAGCAACUCCAGCUGUCGUUUUAGGCGGAGUUGCGGAACAGGAAAGCUUUGCGUUGGAGCCUUUAGAGGCCAGUGCUCUUGAUCGCCAGCAGGAGCGUAGACGAAGGAAACGACGCUUGAUCAUUGAUGAGCAGAAGAACAUCGGAGGUGACGAAAUGAAGGCGAAUAUGGCAGACUACUCCGACACACUGCAGUCACUAGAUCUCGCUCCUCCAACUCGCCGCCUCAUGCGUAUGAAAGAGUCUGGCAUCGUCGAGAAACUCUUCCAUCUUCCAGGAUGCAUUUUCAUGAAAGCCAAGCCCUUAGUUCGAUUGUAUCAGUCCCAUCUUGUGAUGCGAGCGCGAGUAGAAGAAGUUUUGAAGGCUGAUGAGAUCAGAAAGGAGAUGGACAUGUCGGAAACCAUCGAAGAUGAAAUUCCCUAUGGAGCGGUAGGUUUUCAACCUCAUGAAAGCUAUGUGAAGCUUUUACUUGACUUUAUCUGUGACCUAUCGCUUGGUUAUCAUCUACAGAUCUCACCAACGGAUAAAGCGCGCAAGCAUCAGUCGUUCUGAGA